AUGUCCACCCCCAUCUUCUGGUCCACCCCCCUCAAGUACUGCCGCUGGGCAGCUCGCGAGCGCCCUGCGCUUUUCUGGUCCGUCAUAAUCGGCGCCGCCGGCCCGGUUGCUCUGCCCAUCGUGCCCCCUAUCCGGAGGUACUUUGGCGACGUUGAUCCGGAACCCGUCCCCGUCACAUAUCCCGUUCCCACGGGCCCUCGGAAGCAAUUAUCCGGCUACGAUGACUAG